UGAGGGGCCGCGGCGGGAGGAGCCCGCGUCUUGCACUCGCGUGCCCAGGUGUUGCACCUGGGGGGUGUUCUUCGGGCCCGCGCGCGUCCGCACAGCGCCCGCGGCGUGUGCGCCCAGGAUUUGCACGCUUGCCCAGAUGUGGGAUGCUCUUACGGAGUGCAACAAGCCCAAACAUAAACAUCUGGCUUUGCAGGUACAUUAACUACACACGCUUCCCCAGACCCAAAAUAGACACGCAAAAAUCUUCAGGCUUUCCUGGAACAAUAAAAUUGCACAUCCUGAUGUUUCACGCUUGCCCAGAUGUACGUUUUGCCCUAAGCUGGCUCUGGAGUUCGCCUCUUUCAUGCACUGCCCCGUCGUUGUGCGUGGCAGGCAGCUGUGGCAGCCCCACACAAGCCUUAAACAGGCUUCCUCGGAUCUUAAACAUAGAUACCAAGUCUCUGAAACGCCUCCCAAAACUUGAACAUACCCCUUCACUCCACUGGCUCACCCCCUUAGUUAAGCAAUCACAUUUAGUUUCAGAAGCGUUUCCUGGGUCUUUAAGCGUGCAUCCUAAGGCUUUCGUUCUCCUAAGUACGAAAUAGGCUUCCCCGUGUAGUAAACAGCAAUUCACAUGUCAGAGGCACAGCCAAAUUCCGCACACACUUGCCCAGCUGGGAGAUUUGCUUUAGGAUUGCGCUUAAGCCUGGUCCCCUACUGCGGUCCUCCCCUUUGAUGUGCCCGCCCUGUUGUUGCAGGUACACCUGAGCUUUUAGAUAAGCGUUCCUGGGCUUUACAUUUUAGACGAAAACGUCUUUCAGUUCCUGCGUGGUUGGCUUGCCCUCCCAGACAAAGCCGACUUUAAACAGUUUCUGCUGUUCCUUAAGUGCUUUCACCUGGAUCUCCAAAGGCCCUUCAGCUGUGUGCUCUAAGUACCUGUUAUCAGUGUUCUGUGCCCCACCUGUGACACCUACAGACCCAGGGCUUCAGUGCCCAUUCUGCAUCCACAGUCCGGCCCUGAACACGCACCAACACGUUCCUACGGCAGGAUGCUCCCUGGUUUUCUUCCUGAUCUGAUACUACUGCCCAAAUUCCAGAAUCACCUGCCCACAUGCGGGACAUGCUGGCUCAGGUUUUUUUUUUUUACUUUUUAAGCCCUCACAAAAUACCACUUUUCCAGCCUGUCCUUCUGGGACCAAAAGACACCCGUGUGCUUUGUAGGAGAUGAGAGGAUGCCCUUUAGUAGUAAGAUGAAAAGUAACCACAACUGUUACUUCUUUUCCUGUUUGGAGGCAUUUACGAGUGAGGUUUUCAGGGGUUUCUUGUUGCCAGCCUGUUCCAAAGCCUUCCCUUGUUUGCUUUGAGAUGUUUUUGGUUGGGAAAAAAAAAAGAUAGCUGGGAGAGUGCCCUGUGGAGAGUAUAAUAUGGAGCUUUCCUUGGCUUCAUUGCUGGAACGUUCUCCUGGUGUUCUGCAAACGCUCUGGAGAUGUUGUGUUUGAGGCCCCUCCAGGUGUUGUUAUGCUCCCUGUUCCAAAAGUCUCCCCACCUUCCUGCAUGGUUCUGUGUGCUUUGCUUACCUCCUCCACCCCAAGGUCACCCUGGUGUGGUUGCAACAUGGGGUGUGCAAGAGCAGGAGGGCCUGUGACCCCCUGAAAGGUUGGCGGGAGCUAGGGGGAGGGUCUAGACUUCCUCCAGGGCCAUGUGGAGCUUUGGAAGAAUUUUGAGCUUGGGCAUGUUGGGGCAAACCAGUGUGCCAGGCAGCCAGGCACAGUCCAGCCUGGCCUGUGCAUUGGAGGGGCUUCGAGGAGGCUCUGGGUCCCCAGAGAGCUGGUUUCUGAGUUGGGUCAGGACAGAGGGACCAAGAAUUGCUCAGCCCAUGGCGGGGGUGGGGUGGCAUUCCAGGCCGAGAGCUCAGCUGGAGCAAAGUCUGGAGGGGCAAGUGAACCAGUGUUGAGGUGACAGGUGGGAUCUGGGGGGCUCAGUUUCUGGAGUAGUGGCAGGGCAAGGACGCGGAGGUCGGCUACUUGGGGUUUUGACCCUGGGACAGGGGGUUUGGAUGUGGCGCUGGGAGUUUCUGAGCAGAGGAUUUGGGUCUGAACGUUGGGAUGUAUGUUGGUGGGUGGGUGGGAACAGCUUGCCCUUGUGGGUCCCUCAGCCUCAGUUUCCCUGCUCUCCUCUGCCGCAGCAAGGUGCUCGGGUCUUUGGCGCCUUGGGUCCCAUUGGGCCCUCCUCGCCUGGGCUCGCCCUCGGGGGCCUGGCUGUAGGUGAGCAUCGGCUCAGCAACAAGCUGCUGGCCUGGAGUGGCGUCCUCGAGUGGCAGGAGAAGCGCAGACCCUACUCUGACUCCACCGCGAAGCUGAAGCGGGCCCUCCCCUGCCAGGCCUAUGUGAACCAGGGCGAGAACCUGGAGACCGACCAGUGGCCCCAGAAGCUGAUCAUGCAGCUCAUCCCGCAGCAGCUGCUGACCACCCUGGGCCCCCUGUUCCGCAACUCCCAGCUGGCGCAGUUCCACUUCACCAACAGAGACUGUGACUCUCUCAAGGGGCUCUGCCGCGUGAUGGGCAACGGCUUUGCGGGGUGUAUGCUCUUCCCCCACAUCUCCCCCUGCGAGGUGCGCGUGCUCAUGCUCCUGUACUCGUCCAAGAAGAAGAUCUUCAUGGGCCUCAUCCCCUACGACCAGAGCGGCUUCGUCAACGCCAUCCGGCAGGUCAUCACCACGCGCAAACAGGCAGUGGGCCCUGGGGGUGUCGCGGGCCCGGUUCAGAUCGUCAACAACAAGUUCCUGGCGUGGAGCGGUGUCAUGGAGUGGCAAGAGCCCAGGCCUGAGCCCAACAGUCGGUCCAAGAGGUGGCUGCCCUCGCACGUCUACGUGAACCAAGGGGAGAUCUUGAGAACGGAGCAGUGGCCCAGGAAGCUGUACAUGCAGCUCAUCCCGCAGCAGCUGCUGACCACCCUGGUGCCGCUGUUCCGGAACUCACGCCUGGUGCAGUUCCACUUCACCAAGGACCUGGAGACACUGAAGAGCCUGUGCCGGAUCAUGGACAAUGGCUUUGCUGGCUGCGUGCACUUCUCCUACAAGGCGUCGUGCGAGGUGCGCGUGCUCAUGCUCCUGUACUCGUCGGAGAAGAAGAUCUUCAUCGGCCUCAUCCCCCACGACCAGAGCAACUUCGUCAACGGCAUCCGGCGCGUCAUUGCCAACCAGCAGCAGGUCCUCCAGCGGAACCUGGAGCAGGAGCAGCAGCAGCGCGGGAUGGGGGGGUAGUGGCCACCCCCAGGCUGGGCCCCUCCAGGAGUCACAGACGAGGCCCCUGCCAAAACUGGUCAGAUGCUUCUGAGCAGGGGCCCCUGGGGAUGGCAGCUGCCCAGCGAGAUGGAGGACCGCGUCCGGAGAGGUCUCCGAGGACGGUCCUCACCCCUGUACGUUUCCCCAAUAAAGUCUUUUAAAAGCC